CAUUCUUGAUGGUGUCAUUUUGAAGUCAAACGUGGAUGGAGGUGGAAACGUUGGCUCAGAUUUCCCGGGAAUGGAUGCAGGAAGCUGCGACGAAAGGGACGGCAAGGGUGGAGCUGGAGAACCGAGCUGCUCAAGGAUUGAUAAUUGAUCAUCUCCAAAAGGGAUUUAUGCGCUUUACUUUCGUCAUACCGCCUUCAGCAUCAGAUGCAAACGGGAACUGGCAAGCGGGUGCAAUAGCAACGAUCAUGGACAUUAUUGCAUCAAUGGCCAUCUUCACUGAAACUGGAACAGCUCGAGGCCAAGUCACGAUGGAUUACAACAUUUCAUAUUAUUCAUCAGCCAAGAUUCAAGAAGAAGUAGAAAUAGAUGCAAAAGUUAUAGGGAGCAAAGGAAAGCUUACCUCAGUGGCAGUGGAGGUCAGAAGGAAAUACGACGGAGAGUUAAUUGCUGUUGCUAAACAGUGGACUGCUUCUAACCAAUUUAAGGCAUCAUGGACGAUCCCACGAAGCAAACUUUAACAACUAUGUUAUUUACC